UUCCACUCCCCCCUUUUUUAUUUUGUGUAGGAAAAUGGCUGCCAAAAAUGGUUUAUACAUGUGAAUAACUUGAAUGAUUCAAAAUGAGAAUGUUUAAAAUGGAUGCCUCAUUAAUGUAUCACAUUACCUCAUGAUACAAUGGGAUCUUGUGUAUGUAAAGAUAAGAUAGAAGACAGACAUGGGAGUGCACAUAGGGUGCCAUAUAAUCGUGGACAACCUUUGCAUCAGCGUAAUUCUCCCAGUUCCACUUCUCCUGUAAAUGAAGCUGCCAACAGUAGAGUACGGCAUGCAGUCCUAGAAACUUUACAUUUGAUAAGGACAUUAGUGGAUCCGGAAGGAGAACCUAUACAAGCCAUGCUGAUCUUACAACAGAUUGGUGAAACAGAAUCUGGCUGGCUAGAUGUUGUUAUAGGACUUAUUGUUCACAUACCAAUGGAUGAACCACUUGGUCCUGCUGUUAUAGAUCUGCUAUUAGAUGAAUGUCCCUUACCCACAAAGGAUGGUAUAAUGAAAUUAUACACUAGAUUAAAACAUGACCCAAGUGGUGGAGACUUCAUGAGAUUUCAUAGUGAAUGUCAACAGAGAAAUACAUGUAUCGUACUGGGAUGUCUUGCUGCAAAGUUGGCAGGACCUACCAGUGUAGCCAUUCUAACUACAGAAGUUCUAAACUAUUUGAUAUCUAGACUGUCAUUAUCCUUUCAUCCUGUGAUAAAUCUUCAUGCCUUGAUAGCAUUGGAAAAGUUUGCACAAACAAGUGAAAACAAAAGAACUAUUGAAAAUAUAAUAAAAAGUUUACCUAGAAAUCCAUUUGAGGUGCUGGAACUGGACACCAAACCAAUUACAUACCCAAAAAUAGAAGUCAGAUUCUGUGCUUCAUGGUGUCAAGACAAUCUAUUUAUUCCUGAGGGAAGAAAAUUUGCCUAUGAGAAAGUGAAUCUGAAAAAUAUAAAUGCAAUGCUUAACAUCAAUGAUGUGAGUGAAUACUUAAAAAUAUCUGCUGAUGGUUUGAGGUCCAGAAGUGAUGCCUCAUCAUUUGAGAGUGUCCGGUGUACAUUCCAAGUUGACUCCGGUGUGUGGUAUUAUGAGGUUUAUAUAACUACUGCUGGUGUGAUGCAGAUUGGAUGGGCAACAAAAGACAGCAGUUUUCUUAAUCAUGAAGGACAAGGUAUAGGAGAUGACGAGUAUUCCAUGGCAUAUGAUGGCUGUAGACAGUUGAUCUGGUUUAAAGCUGAGAGCCGACCAAUUCAUCAAAAGUGUUGGAGUCCAGGAGACACAUUAGGACUUUUGUUAAAUAUUGAUGAGAAAUACCUGACAUUUUCUUUGAAUGGUGAAUGUUUACCGAGUUAUGAUGACCUUUUCCAGUAUUCAAGUGGUGGAUAUUUUGCUGCUGCUAGUUUUAUGUCUUACCAACAAUGUGAAUUUAAUUUUGGUGCCAAGCCAUUUAAGUAUCCUCCUAAAGGAACGUUAUUCAAAACAUUUAAUGAUUAUGGAACCAUGACAGAUGAAGAAAAGAAAAUUUUACCCAGACAUAUGCGUUUGAACUUGAUAAAGAACUUUCAAGUCAAUGAAGAUUCUUGUACAAUCUGCUUUGCUGAAAAAGCUUCACACAAGCUGGUUCCCUGUCAACAUGGAGGAUUCUGCUUCAAAUGUUCAUUACAAUUGGAAACCUGCCCAAUGUGUAGAACACAGAUACAUGAAAGAGUGCUUUCAGAAAUUAGCAGGUCAAGGACAGCAUCAGAUAGUGCCGAAGACCCAACAAACAAGGACACAUAACUGUGAUCAUGUACAGUGCAGCUAUAGCUUUAAAUAUUUGUUAAGUUAGCCUUUGGAACAUUGUUUUAAAACUAUACACUAUAGAAAUGUAAUGGCCAUAAAUAUGUUGGUGACCUAUGAAUAAUUUAACUUCACGUUUCCAUUAAUCAUAAGUCAUUAAACUUGCAUACCUGCCAACUCUCCAAAUCUCCAAAUGCAUAUUUUAUACAUGUCAUAAGUUUGUUUUAAUCUAAUAUUCUAUGCUUUUGAAUAAGUGUAUAUGUGUUUAAUUGUAUUUUUAACUUUUUUGAAUGCAUUUUUAUACGACCGCAAAAUUUGAAAAAUUUUCGUUGUAUAUUGCUAUCAGGUUGGCGUCGUCGUCGUCGUCCGAAUACUUUAAGUUUUCGUACUCUAACUUUAGUAAAAAUUAAUAGAAAUCUAUGAAACUUAAACACAAGGUUUAUGACCACAAAAGGAAGGUUGGGAUUGAUUUUGGGAGUUUUUAUCCCAACUUUUUAGGAAUUAGGGGUCAAAAAGGGCCCAAAUAAGCAUAUUCCUUUUUUUCGCACAGUAACUUUAGUUUAAGUAAAUAGAAAUCUAUAAAAUUUUGACACAAGAUUUAUAACCACAAAAGGAAGGUUGGGAUUGAUUUUGGGAGUUUUGGUUCUAACAGUUUAGGAAUUAGGGGCCAAAAAGGUGUCCAAAUAAGCAUUUGUCUUGGUUUUUAAGUAAUUAGAAAUCAAUUGGAGUUAUCUUUCUUUGUAUAGAAUAGUAGUUGAAUCAACUUUUUUGCACCAUAACUUUAGUAUAAGUGAAUGGAAAUAUAUGAAAUUUAAUCAGAAGGUGUAUGACCACAAAAGGAAGAUUGGUAUUGAUUUUGGGAGUUUUGGUCCUUAUAGUUUAGGAAUUAGGGGCCAAAAAGGGGUCCAAAUAAGCAUUUUUUUUUUGGUUUUCGCACCAUAACUUUAGUAAAUAGAAAUCUAUGAAAUUUAACACAAGGUUUAUGACCAUUAAAGGAAGGUUGGUAUUGAUUUUGUGAAUUUUGGUCCUAACAGUUUAGGAAUAAGGGGCCCAAAGGGUCCAAAAUUAAACUUUGUUUGAUUUCAUCAAAAAUUGAAUAAUUGGGGUUCUUUGAUAUGCCGAAUCUAACUGUGUAUGUAGAUUCUUAAUUUUUGGUCUCGUUUUCAAAUUGGUCUACAUUAAGGUCCAAAGGGUCCAAAAUUAAACUUUGUUUGAUUUUGACAAAAAUUGAAUCCUUGGGGUUCUUUGAUAUGCUGAAUCUAAAAAUGUACUAAGAUUUUUGGUUAUUGGCCCAGUUUUCAAGUUGGUCCAAAUUAGGGUCUAAAAUCAAACUUUGUUUGAUUUCAUCAAAAAUUUAAUAAAUGGGGUUCUUUGAUAUGCCAAAUCUAACUGUGUAUGUAGAUUCUUAAUUUUUGGUCCGGUUUUCAAAUUGGUCUACAUUAAAGUCCAAAGGGUCCAAAAUUAAACUUAGUUUGAUUUUAACAAAAAUUGAAAUCUUGGGGUUCUUUGAUAUGCUGAAUCCAAACAUGUACUAAGAUUUUUGAUUAUGGGCCCAGUUUUCAAGUUGGUCUAAAUCAGGAUCUAAUCUUUACCAUUUAGUGAUAACAAGCACAUUUUUACACUUUAAUAUUUUAUGAUGUAUUUAAAUGAGUAAUUAUUGUUGCAAACUCCAUUAAAAUUUUGAACUAAGAUCAGUUUUGGAAUAAAGGAUAGGGGGAUGUGA